UCACUUUAUACCAUAUAGCAAAUACUCUCAUGGCUACUAAAUUCGUCACCCUCGGUCAAGUCCACCGCCCCAAAAUCUCAAUUUCGACCAGAAAACCUCGUAGAUGCAACCAAAACAAGCCCCAACCAUCCAAAUCCAUAAGCGAGAACAUGUUCAACAAUGUUUUUCCUGGGAAAACGCUUACGGAAAUCUAUCACAAUGGCCUAAACAAUUCAGACCCUCUUACUAACUCACUACUCUUUAUGGAACAUCAGCCAGUUAAAGAAGAGGAGUCGGCAAAACAAGAACACGGGAAGCUGUCCAUAUGCAACCACAAAGACUACGGUAAGUCGAUCAUCCCAACGAAAGACAGAGAUUUGAGACGUGAAGUUGCUCAAUUGAGCUUGGUGUGGUACAUGAAAUGUUCCAUAAGCUUUAUAUUAAGGAAGGCAAGAGCGUUUUACAAUGAGUUUUCUUGCGAUACUUCUGUUGGGAGUAGCACUAUGGUUGUGGUCGAUCCAUAUUUUUCUGUUCCAGUUUUACCCUACAGUAAUUAGUUUAAUAUUCAAGCAUACGUGAUUAAAAGUUGUAUCGACGUCAAAAAAAAAAAAGAUUAAAAGUUGUAUUUAGCAUUUCGUUUUGUUUAAUGUGUUUGAAAGUCCA